AUGAGUGAAACAGAUAAUAUUACAAACAUAAAAAAUAUACAAGAACGAUUGAAAGAGCAUGAAAACAAGCUCGAAUGUGAUAAUGAAGUGAUAGAAGAAUUCGAUGAUGCUACAAUAGAAAUAAUUAAAAAAGAUUUAAUUUUACUAAAGGAUGUUGAAAUAAAUAAAGAUAUACUAAAACAAACAAAAAUUGGUGUAACAGUUAACAAAUUUACAAAAAUAAAUAAUGAAUGUAUAAAAAAUAUAUCAAAGGAACUUGUAGAUAAAUGGAAAACUAUAGCAAUAAAAGAAAAAAACUCAAAUAAAAAUUUGGAAAAUAUAAAAAAACGAAAACAUGAUGAAGCUGAAAAUUUUAACAAUAAUAUUAAUGAAAAGGGACCGGAAUUAAAAAAAAAAAGUGCUCCAAUCAACCUGGAUAAUGAUAAUUCGACACAUAUAAAUGAAGACAAAGGAAACAACGGGAAAAAUAAUACUAAAUCUUAUGGACAAAAUAAUAAUGAAAAUAAAAAAAUUAAUAUAGUAAAUAUAGAAGAAAUGCAACAUUGGAAUUACAGUGGGAAAUUUCAUCAUGAUGUUCUUCGUGAUAAAGCAAAACAAUUCUUGUUUAAAGCAUUUAUUGUAGGAUCUCAUGAUAACUUAUUACAUUUAAUCGAUCGAAAUAAAUUAGAUAAUAUAAUAUAUAAUAUAGAAAAUGAAUUAUACAAAAUAUUUAUUGAAAAAAAAAAUUCACAAAAAGAAUACAAUAUGCAAUUAAAAUCAAUUAAAUUUAAUUUAUCUGAUAAAAAAAAUCCAAACUUUAACGAAAAAAUAUACGCAGAAUAUAUUUCUGCUAGGACAUUAGCAACUAUGAAUUCACAGGAUAUGGCUAGCGAUGAAAAAAAAAAUGAAAGACAAAAAUGUCUACAAGAAAGUUUAUUGGCUUGCCAAUCUGAUUGGGAUGUUAAAAAUAUUCUUUUAAAAAAAGAAAGAAAAGGAGAAUUCCAAUGCUUUAAAUGUAAAGGUUAUGACACCGUAUAUCAACAGUUACAAACAAGAAGUAGUGAUGAACCGAUGACUACCUUUGUAACAUGUUUAAAGUGUAAUAAUCGAUGGAAGUUUUGA